AUCUGCUAUUUCGCCAUCUAUUCUGCAAUGAAAUUACCACCACUUUAAUUUGCUAUCACUGUAAAUAUCGAUUAUUCGAGGAACGUGUGUAUUAAACGAAAGUGUAGUCGGUACACCGCGCACGCGUUACUUUGUGAUUCGUGCGAGUUUCGAGUAAUCAUCCGCGCAGCCAUUCAGUCGUGUCUGUGCUUCUGAGAAGCGAACAUGAAGAAGCCCUCGAAUCGACAGAACUCACCGGUCGCAUUUAAUUAUAUAGAGAACAAGGAGUACAGCAUACAGCCGAUUCGUUGGUUGCUGAAGCCGAUAAGUGUCUGGCCGGUAACGGAUUCGUCGAUUGUGGAAAGGAUUUUAUCAGUGGUGCUACUGAUAGUAUGCAUUUUUUUGAUCGCCAGCACUUUGGUGCCUUGCGCGUUGGCUAUAUUCCUGGACGAGACCAAGGACUUGGAGAUGAAGAUGCGCGAUUUCGGACCGCUCAGCAACUGGAUACUGGCGAGUCUCAAGUAUGUCUCGUUACUGACGCACGUUGGCGACAUACAUCGAUGUAUCAAGCAUAUAGAGACGGAUUGGCGGGCCGUGACAAAACUCGAGGAGCAAGAGAUGAUGCUAAGAAAUGCUAGGAUAGGUCGUUUCAUCGCGAUAUUCUCCGCGACAAUUAUGCACAGUGGCGUAUUCUCGUACGGAAUUUUCCGAGGAAUGACGUUGAGUGCCCAGUCUACCGAGAGCAAUAACGUGACGGUGCGUCCGCUACCUUUCCCAUUUUAUGAGAAGAUUGUGGACACUACAACAAGUCCAAUGUACGAGAUAGUGUUCGUAACACAGUGUCUAUCCACGUUCGUCGUGAAUUCUGUAGGAGUAGGCACUUGCAGCCUCACCGCUGUUUUUGUAAUGCAUGCCUGCGGUCAGUUAAACAUCUUGAUGUCCUUGUUGGAUAAUUUGAUCGAUAAAGAAAACGAAAAGAGAAACUCUUCACAGAAAUUCGCUGUCAUCAUCGAGCAUCAUUUAAAAGUACUCAGCUUCGUAUCUCAUAUAGACAAAAUUACGAAUGUAGUUUGCCUCGUGGAAGUAGUAGGGUGCACGCUACACAUGUGUCUCUUGGGUUAUUAUUGCAUACUGGAUUGGAACCAAGGCGAAAUGGAAGGUAUGGUAUCGUACGCUAUAAUACUGAUCUCGGUUAUCUUCAACAUCUUUAUGUUUUGUUACAUCGGAGAGAUCCUUUCGGAACAGUGUGGCCAAAUUGGUGAGACAGCUUACAUGACAAACUGGUAUCUGUUACCUGGAAAUACUGCUCUUAGUCUCGUUUUGAUCAUUUUAAAAUCCAGUAUUGCAGUCAAAAUCACUGCUGGAAAGAUGAUUGAUCUUUCUCUUUCUACCUUUGGUACCGUAGUUAAAUCCGCGUUAGCGUAUUUAAACAUACUUCGUACCCUAAUAAAUGUUACAUAAAUGUUAAUAAUUUUUAUAUAUUCGAUGGUAAAAAGCGAAUAGUGUACAAUUGAAUAAUUAAAUAAUAACUAUACUGUUGAAAA